GGAUGUGCAACGCGGAAUGUUUUCCCGGUGCACAGGUCGCCAUGUCAGAGGACAGUAGUGUAGCCUGAACACGGAAGGAAUAGCGUUAAUGUAGUUUAAAAGACGACCGACUUCAAUUUAAAUUACACUUUAGAAGUUAAAAUGCGUCAAGUGCUGCACUACAUCGCCGGCUGAGCUUUAAAUUUGAGGGGAAAAUGGAGGCGAAGUUCGGCGGCGAAGUGGCGGCGGUAGUGGAAGUCGCCAUCCGGGCGACGGUGUCAGUGUUCAGGGAUGUUUGGGCGAAAGAGGCGCCAAACGCCGCGGAGUGGGAAGCGGCGACGUCGGACGAAAUGCGCGAGAUAGAGAAGAGUCUGGUGGCUCAGGUCCACGACGUGUUCGCGGAGUUCUCCGCGCAGCUGCGCGAGGAGAACGAGGCUCUGCGGGCCAGAGUGGAGCAGCUGGAGGACGUGCUGCAGAGGAAAGCCGGCCAGCUGGAGCAGGAGCUGGAGGCCAGGGUGGGUCAGCUGGGCAGGGAGAUGCAGCAGCUGGAGAAGGAGCUGAAAAGCAUCGGCGAGGGGGGCAACAAGGCCCGGGGGGCCGGAGGGGACCACGUCCUGCGGCCAGACGGCUCACUGACAGGAGCGCCGGCAGUGCCCGUCUCCACCAUUGAAGCUGCCCAGACGCCUGCUGCCCCUCGGGAUGCCGCCUCCACCCAGAACCCUCCACCACGUUCCGCGGUGGAAUCGCCAACUGUGCAGAAACCUGCAGCAGUAGCUCCCACGGUGUCUGUGGGCAGAGUUGGCUCCGCUCCCACCGUGCUGUCGGCGGGUGCCAACCAGGUCAGGACGGCGGCCGUCUGUGACACGACAGGAACGACGCAAGUCACCCUCAAACCAGAGGCCUCGCCGGGGUCGGCUCCUCAAAAUGUCCCCGGUUCAAACUCCAGCGUGGUCAGCGGUCUCGCCCAGCAAAAGAAAGCUGUGGAAGAGGCACCUUCGGGGAGGACGAGGAGAAUGAGGAGACCAACUUUUAAAAUUGAAAUGGCUUCCACUGACAACGGCACUGGAGAGAAUACAAUCAAGCCAGGUGACAGGCUUGGGAAUAAAGAUUCGCUGGCGGCGAAGCGUUUCUUUUGCGAGCAUUGUGACGUUGGUUUCCACAUGAAAAGUGAUUUGAACAAACACAUGAAGGUCCACACGAAGCCAUUUCCUUGUGACCGGUGUGACAGGAGCUUCAUGCUGAAGAAGUCGCUGGAGAAUCACCUUUUGCGCCACGAGGUGAGCAAAGUCCCCCGGCCCUUCCCCUGUCCACAGUGUAAAAGAUCGUUCCGGAAAGAGCAGUCGCUCCAGAAUCACCUCAAGCGGCACCAGCAGUUGAAGCCGCCGAAGCCUUUUGUCUGCGACCAGUGUGGGAGAACUUUCAGAAUCCAGCAGUCUCUGGAGAACCACCUCUCGCGCCACGAGAAGUGGAAGAAAAUCCUGAAGUGCCACCUUUGCGACAAGACCUGCAAGACUCCAGUCCAGAUGAGGUGUCACAUGUCCGUGCACUCGGAGGAGAGGCCGUUCAGCUGUGAUAAAUGCGGCAAGGAGUUCAAGAGCAAAGACACUCUCCGCUUCCAUCAGAUGGUUCACACGAAAGCCAAAAAAUACCAGUGCACAAUGUGCGAGGAGACUUUCAAAUAUGCCCACUCCCUGACGGUGCACAAGAGGAAACACACCGGCGUCACCCCGUUCACGUGCACCGUGUGCAACAGGUCGUACCGGACCGGCACCGCGCUGAAGAGGCACAGCAUCGUCCACACAGGGGAGAAACCAUUCACCUGUCACAUAUGCGGAGCAAGGUUCAACCUGAACAACAACCUCAAGAGGCACCUUCGCAUUCACACGGGUGAGAAGCCGUUCACCUGCAAGGAUUGUGGCACGAGCUACUCGGACAACAACAAGCUGAAGGCCCACAUGCUCGUCCACGGUGCCAGGAAGCCUUUCAUGUGUGACCUGUGCGGGAAGACCUUCCUCUUCAACUGCAGGCUGCUGCUGCACCAGAAGUACGUGCACGUCGCCAGGAACGAGGAGGCCGACGGCGCGCAGAGGUUUUUGCAGAGCAGACAGAGAAACAAGUCUCUGGUUAAACCACACAGUUGCAAAAUCUGCCUACGGGGUUUCAGCUCCUCAUACGCCCUCAAACUUCACGAACGAGGCCACAGCGAGCACAAGGAGUUCAACUGCGGCAUAUGCGGAAAGUCUUUCCACAACAAGUACUCUUUCGGCUACCACCAGAGAAGCCACGCCGGGGAGAAGCCCUUCGUUUGCGACGCAUGUGGGAAGAGGUUUUUCCAUGCUGGCAGCUUGAAGCAGCACGAGCGGAUUCACACCGGUGAAAAACCGUACAAGUGUGAUCAGUGCGGCAAGGCCUUCCGGACCGACGGCAACUUCUACAGACACCUGCGCAUCCACACGGGCGAGAAGCCGUUUGAAUGUGUGCACUGUCACAAGAAGUUCCACCAGUCCAACCAGCUCAAGUCCCACCUGCAGAUCCACACGGGGCAGAAGCUGUACUCGUGCCAGCAGUGCGGCCAGGGCUUCUCCGACUCGAGGCAGCUGAAAAAGCACAGCUGCGACGGGACGUGCCAUGGCGUGAUGGCCACCAGUACGCUUAGCUGAUGGUAGAUCAUGUGUUAACGUGAUGACGUCAUUAAUGAAGGAGCAGUGGGGGGAGAAUACUUACUAAAUUACAUGAUAUUACUCGGCCGAACAAGAGAGACACUGACAAAAAUAACUUUAAGUUUCAUCUUCAUAAUCUGUUGUUAAGACCUGAUUCAGCUCACAAAGUUAAUUUUUUUGAAAAGGAAAUGCAUCUGUUCUGGUUUUUGGAAAUAUUUUUGAGUUGAGCUAGUUGUCGUCAUAUUAUUUCAACACUUUAGUUCUGGUGACUCACUUGUUACUAAAACUAUAUUUGAUUAAAGGGAUCAAACAACAGGAAGUAAUACAGAGUUUGAUUAACAGUAGUGGCAGCUCCACUUAAACCCAGAGCAUUAACAGUCGGGUCAGCUGCCUUGUUUGUGGCAUUUAUUAGUUUUUGGUUUGUUUGGGGGGAUUUUUUGCUUCAGGUACCCCAAAUGUUAACAACAUUACUGAAAAUAGUUAGGGUUGUUAAACUUUAUCUAGGACCUUGUGGCCAUUCAAACACCUGAAAAUUACACACGUGAAAUGAGGUGUUGAGAUAAUUGUAAAUAUUGUGAAGAUAAUAAAUGGCAGUUUGUGAGGAGCUGAAAGCUAUUUCUCUUAACCAGCUGAGUUGAUGUCGAAGUCAAAAUAAAGGUCAUGUUCUGUUGUUUUGAAAGAUUUCAUAACUAUUUUUAUGUUAAUUUAUGUUAUGGGUUCACGAUAUAUUCAAAAUGUAAUUAAUUUCCAGAUGAAAAAUGAAGUCUACAGUCGUAUUCUAUGGCCGUGUGCAUAUUUUCUUUGGUUUGUUACUGCAAUUAAACUAAUAUCUGCAAUCGAAA